AAUGGUUUACGUUCCCGAUAACCUACAGUUUGAGGAGUGAAUUAUUUUUGGAAUUUGCCCGGCCAAAACUUUCGAUAUUGGCAUCAUGUGUUCUCGUAUGAAGCUAGGGCAACACUGCAAGCACUCGCACAGCCUCUCGCUCAUGCGCACUGACUGCUGCCUGAGCAAUUUGUCAGUACUCGUGGGAGAAUUUGGACAAGCUUAGCAUUUGUCAUGGAGGAGUCAGCCAUGAAUGCGGCCACUCCUGACUUUGACGUUUAUGGAGCAAUGGAUUGGAAAGAUGGAGUGGGAACGUUGCCUGGAAGUGAACUGAAGUUCCGGGUGAAUGAGUUCGGGGUCCUGGAGGUCAUAACCGAUGAGGCAGAUGACGACAGCGUUAAGAAGGCCCACGCCACGACCACAUGGGCAGUCCCCACUGCCCAGGAAGUGGUGAAGGAGGAGCAGCGUCCCUGGGCCCAGCGUGGCCUGGUGUGCGUGCGGUGCCAGAGGAAGGGCUCGGCCGUCGACUUCCUGCCGGACGGACGCCACUGCAGCGAGCGCUGUCAGCAGCAGGACCAGGAAGAGUGGAAUCUGAAGAAGGACGCUACCAAGACUAACGGAGAGGGGAUUGGGGGUACCAGGAAGAGACACCUCCAGCCAGAGAAAGUUCCAGAAGAGGCGGACAGCGUGAUGGAUGUACCUGAGGAUGACGACGAGGACUACGAAGAGAAGGACAACAGGAAGUCGACACGCGGGGCCCCCAGGGGACGCAGGAAACGGAGAGGCGACGCGGCGCUACUCAGGCAGACGGUGCCUUACGGAGGGAAAAAGAAGUCUUGGUGCUGGGCGUCGUAUUUGGAGCAGGAGAAGGCCGCCGCGGCCCCCAACAAGCUGUUUAAAGAGCACCAGUCUCUCCCACAGAGCAAGAACGGGUUCCGCGUGGGGAUGAAGCUGGAGGGGGUGGACCCCGAGCAUCCCUCCAUGUACUGCGUGCUGACCGUGGCCGAGGUCUCAGGCCACCGUAUCAGGCUGCACUUUGACAAAUACUCUGACUGCUAUGACUUCUGGGUAAACUCCAACUCCCCUGACAUCCACCCAGUGGGCUGGUGCGAGAAGACGGGCCACAAGCUGCACCCUCCCAAAGGCAUGAAGGACGAGGAGUUCAGCUGGUCGUCCUACAUAAAGCAGAACAAGGCCCAGGCUGCACCCAAAGCCCUGUUUGAGAACCAGAACACGACGGUGACGCCGCAGGGCUUCCGCGUGGGGAUGAAGCUGGAGGCGGUGGACAAGAAGAACCCCUCCUUCAUCUGCGUGGCCACCGUGGCCGACAUGGUGGACAGCCGCUUCCUCGUCCACUUCGACAACUGGGACGAGAGUUACGACUACUGGUGUGACGCAACGAGCCCUUACAUCCACCCGAUUGGCUGGUGCCAGGACAACGGCAAAACUCUGACCACACCCCCAGGUUACCCCACCGAGAAGGGCUUCUCCUGGGAGAGCUACCUCGAGGAGACAGGGGCCUCCCCUGCUCCAGCCAGAGCCUUUAAAGUGAAGCCUGCUCAUAGUUUCCAUGUGUAUAUGAAGCUGGAGGUGGUGGACAGGAGGAACCCCAUGCUGGUGAGGGUGGCCAGUGUGGUGGACACGGACGACCACAGGAUCCGGAUCCAUUUUGACGGCUGGACAGAUGAGUAUGACUACUGGGUGGACACGGACAGUCCAGAUCUCCACCCGGCGGGCUGGUGUGCCAAGACUGGACACCCUCUCCAGCCCCCUAUCAGUCCACAGGAGAUGUUUGAGUCGUCGGAGCAGGGCGGCUGCCCGACCCCCGGCUGUAAGGGCGUGGGCCACAUCAAAGGGGCUCGCUACUCUGGACACCACAGUGCGGUGGGGUGCCCGUAUUCGGACAUCAACAUCAACAAGGACUCGGUGCUGCCCGACCGGCUGAGCGGGGAGAUGCCCGGCAGCGCGCCCGGCGUGGGCAGGCCCAGGAGGGUGGAGCCCGGCCCCGAGACGUCCGCCAGCACGGCAGACAAGCAGUCCGCUGGCCCAAGCUUGGGUCACCAGGAGAGGCCUGGACGUCCAGAGAAGCCCAGCGCUGCGCCCAGCUCCAUGGAGCCACCCCUCAAGAAGCCUGCAGGGACGGAGCCAAAGAGACGAGUGGGGCGACCUUGUAAGCAGAAGAAGGUCGAGGAGCCGGUGGUGGUGGUGGAGGAGGAGGAGGCGGAGAGCGAGGUGUCCUCCAUUAACGAAACCAAAGAUCUGAGUCUGCAGCAGGCCCUGCACCAGUCUGUGUUCAUGCCGGCCGGCUCCCUCUCUCCCACCUCGGGGACGGCGCACUGCUGGGACCAGCACAGCAAGCUGCUGCCCACCGUGGCCGGCAUCACCGCUAGCAAAGUGGCCGCCUGGAGCGUGGAGGAGGUAACUGAGUUCAUUCAAGGUCUGCCAGGGUGCAAGGAGCAAGUUCGUACUUUCAGAGAAGAGCAAAUCGAUGGCGAAGCCUUCCUGCUGCUCACCCAGGUGGAUCUGGUGAAGAUCCUGAGCAUCAAACUGGGCCCUGCCUUAAAAAUCUACAACUCAAUCUUGAUGUUCAAGACCGCCGAGGACUCGGCCUAUAAUGAACUCUGAGUGACAGGCCAAGAAAGGGGGGAGAGGAGGCUGUCACUUUCGGCCUCAGUGAGCUGGCGGUGGAAUUUUCCGGAACGAAAUGAGGGGGGAAAAAGAAAUAAGAAGCACAAAAGAACUCUUCCUCAAAGAAGAACCUGAAUCAUGCGAGAGGAGAAAAGGGGGAGAAAAAAUGCACAUGUAUAUUGCACUGUUGUUGUUUUUUUCUUUUUUUCUCUGCUGCCAUGAAAUUCAUAGACCUGUACAGUUGAAAUUGAUGAUGUAUAUAGGCAGUAUAUGAGGGCAAAAAAAUAAGUUGUAUUCCCUAUGCCUCCUCACUGUACUAAUGAGCUACAGUAUGUGUGCUUUUAUUUUUUAGAAUUAGGGCUAGUGUGUGGGUAGAGAAGGCUGCCCUUACAGGAUCUCCAAAAAGCAAAACCAACACUUCACACAAGCAUCAUUUCUUUACGCAGUUAAGCAUUUUUUUUUUUAAUUGGUCGGUAUGAGCCGGUAUUUCGAUUGUUUUAAGGUUAACGUGUAAAUCCCCCAGCUGGUAAUGGAGCUAAUGGGCUGCAGUAGCGCUGUAGUAGCGCUGAUGAGUGCAGAGGCAGAGGCCUCUCCCUGGGGCAACAUGACAAAGUCAAACAGAGUCAACGGGCAGACGAUUCCCCCCGCAUGGCGGAGCACAGAGGGGCAGUAGAUGAUUGAGAGGAAAGUGAUGGAAAAUAACCCCCCCUCUGUAUUCCUGAAGCAAAAACAUGGCAUUUAGAGCCACUCCCCCUUUUCCCUUUCAUUUUCUUUCUUUUUUAAAAAAAAAAAAACUUUCUUUGUUGUCAUUUUAGGGCUGAGCGAGAACAGAAGGUUCUCUCGCCAAGGCAGAAUAUACUGGAAAUCAUUUAAUCAUCAGGCAUGUGCCAGUGUAAGGGACUCAAGAUGGUGCCCUAGAUGGUGAUUACUAAGGUAUUAGGGUUCAUGUGCAACUCUUAGAAGAAGCUCUCCAAUAUACAGUUAUAGAUAUAAAAAAAGAAUCUCUGCAGGCUCUCAAAAUGAAAUGAAGCCUGAAUCUGUUUGGUUGCCAUCCCAUGUGUGUGCGCAACCACUCCAAGCAUCUCAGCAGCUACUGGAAUUAGCCCCACUAACCACAGACCGUUCUUUAGAAAAAAGACAUCCUUUGUAUACUCUUGAGCCAUUGAUGGCAGGAUGCUAUUUUUAUUUCCAUGUGAGUGUGAUUGAAGCAUAGAGAACACAAAGAGAUGUUUUUUUUUCUUCUGCCUUUACAUCUUUCCUUUCGUCUGUAACUACAUGUAUUCAUAUGCAAUUUUUUUGUAUUUAUUUAUUUAUGCCGAUGACGCUCGGACCAGCGUGAGAAUGUUUUGCGGAUGUGAAGCCAUGCCUGGAGGAAA